ACUUUACCUGCCGACCCAGCUGAUCAUCUGGUUCUACUAUAGAUUUGCUUUUUUGGGAACUCGAAAAGGGAUUGAUACUUCCUCUGCUCGAUCUCUUUGUGCGUCUCUGAAAGAGAGGAAAAAAGAAGUGAAGGAAGGAUGGCCAGGGCAGGAGGGAUCAUAAACGCGGUGAACGUCGGGAUAGCAGUGCAAGCAGAUUGGGAGAACCGAGAGUUCAUCUCUCACAUUUCCCUCAAUGUUCGACGCCUCUUUGAUUUCCUUGUCCAAUUUGAGGCUACAACGAAGAGCAAGUUGGCAUCAUUGAAUGAGAAGCUUCACACGCUGGAGCGUCGUCUUGAACUGCUUGAAGUCCAAGUGGAUACUGCAUCAUCCAAUCCCUCUCUCUUCGCUACAUAAUGUUUAUCGGAUCAUGUUGUUGUUGCAGCUGCUGCUGCAAUACGGCUUCUCUGUAAGACUAGCCUUAUCUUGUGUUGUAACACUCUUUGUGACUAAUGUUCUCGAGUUUUUUCAUGCUUAUAUAUCAUGAUCAAUGUGUGAGGUAGUUAGAAAUUAUAUUC